CUAAGCGCAGGUGGCGCAAAGCACAAGGACCAGCAUAAGGAUCCCGGUUCGAACCCUGGCUCCCCACCUGCAGGGGAGUCGCUUCACAGGCGGUGAAGCAGGUCUGCAGGUGUCUGUCUUUCCUCCUCUCUGUCUUCCCCUCCUCUCUCCAUUUCUCUCUGUCCUAUCCAACAACAACAACAGUGAUAACAACAACAAUAAAACAAGGGCAACAAAAGGGAAUAAAUAAAUAAAAUAAAUAUAAAAAAAAUUUAAAAAAAAAAAGAAGAAUAAAGAAAGAGUCCUGGAGGGCACGAGGCAGGGCGUGAGGGAGCACACCUGGCACAGGUGCGCUUCUCCGGACCGCUGCAAGCGGAGGCCUGGGUGCAGGCGCAGGCGCAUGCGCAGUCGCGGGCGCAGGUGCAGGUGGCGGGCGCCCUUUAAGGGGGCGCGGCCGGAAGUGCGUGGCAGGGCAAGGCGGUGGCGCACGUGUUCAGCGCGGUGACCACCAUGGACGUGGGCGCAGACGAGUUCGAGCAGAGCCUCCCGCUGCUGCAGGAGCUCGUUCUGGGCGCCGACUUCGUGGGUCUGGACAUCGAGUUCACCGGCCUCCGCUCCAACUUGUCGGGACCCCAGCAGAUCAGUCUCUUUGACUUGCCUUCUGAGUGGUACGUGAAGACCCGUCAGAGCGUCCAGCAGUUCACCAUCUGCCAGAUCGGGCUGUCUGUGUUCUCCAGCAUCCAAGGAGAGGCCAACAAGUACAUAGCCCACUCGUGCAACUUCUUCCUUUUCCCCACGACCUUUGGGACUUUGGAUUCAGAAUUCUCCUUCCAGGCUUCCAGCGUUCAGUUCUUGAAUCAGUACGGCUUCGACUACAACAAGUUUCUCAAGAACGGGAUCCCCUACAUGAACGAGGAACAGGAGAAGAAGGUCAAACACAACAUCCUGACGGGCAACUGGAGGGUCCGCAGCUCACUGGACAAAGACCAAAUCAAGGUGGUGAUUGACGAGGUGACACGGUGGCUGGACCUGGCCGAGGAGGGCGACUGGAUGACGCUCCCUGGCAUCACAGGCUUCCAGGCCUUCGAGGUCCAGCUGGUACUGCGGCAGGCGCUCCCGGACAUCUGGACCAUGCUGUGCGACCAGGGGGUGGUCGUGAAGAAGGUGAGCCGGCAGCAGCGCUGGUACCUGCAGAACAUCUGUGAGCGAGAGAGCUGCUGGAAGGAGAAGAUCCUGCUGUCGGCGCGGGGCUUCUCCGUGUUCUUCCAGAUGCUGGUGAAGGCCCGGAAGCCCCUGGUGGGACAUAACAUGCUCAUGGACCUGUUGCACCUUCACGAGAAAUUCUUCCUGCCGCUGCCAGAAAGCUACGAUCAGUUUAAGCUGAAUAUCCACAACCUGUUUCCUGUUCUCAUCGACACCAAGAAUGUGACCAAGGAUAUCUGGAAGGAAAUGAAUUUCCCCAGGGUUUCAAAUCUUUCCGAAAUUUACGAAGUCCUGAGCAGUGACUUGAAUCCCACCAAGAGUUCGGGGCCCGUGAUCAUUCACUCGAGCAAGUGUGCCAAGUACGUGGAGACCAAGUACCCCCACGAGGCAGCCUACGAUGCCUUCCUCUGCGGCUCAGUUCUGCUGAAAGUGGCCCACUUGCUUUUCUACAGAGCACACAGUGCUGACUCGGCCCCCGAGCCUUCCUUCCCCCUCUACCUCAGCGUGCUGGCCCCCUACCUGAACCAGGUGAACCUCAUCCGUGCCGGGGUCCCCAAGAUUAACUUCUCGGGCCCCGACCACCCCGGCAUCCGGCCGCCUGUCCUGCUGCUGAGCGUGCGGUGCUGGCCGGGCCUGAGCGAGCAGCAGGUCUACCGCGAAUUCCAGAACCUCUGCAAGUUCGACGUGCGGCGGCUCACGGCCAGCCAGUUCCUGCUGCUGACCAAUAAGUUUAAGGAUGCCCGGAGCAUCCUGAAGGAGUACCGCGGCCACCCCACCCUGCGCGUGUCCCUGUACCGCUACUGGAGACACUCGCCCGCCGUCAACUGCUGGCUGCAAGUCUGCAGCGUGGUCUCCACCUGGGCCCUCCUGGCCUUCAUCCUGGGAAGAUGGAGCCCCUGACGCCCCUGAUACCUUGCCCCUCUGCCUUCUCCGGGGAGCGCUCCUGGACUGGCUGGCAUCCGUCACAGUCCGCCCACGGCAGAACCCCCUCUCGAGGCCUCGGGGAGGGAGCUUGUUACGUCUUAGCUGUGAAACUGAGGGCGGCAUGGGCCAUAAAGCAGCGCUUGCAUCUCUGUG